GCGAAGCUGCAUCGUAGGAGGAGGAUCUGUGCUGCUUGGCCUGCUGUGUUCGUCCAGCUCUACACCUUGUUAUCUCGGAUUCUCCAGCAUCUGCAGUUCCCACUAUCUCUUGAACUCGUGACGGCCUGGCCCAGAGAAUGGUGAAGGUCACUACAAGACUAUCGAUUCCUGUCACUGUUUUAAACAUCAGAGCAGCUGGUACUGCCCUUUGAUUUCUGGCCGCGAAGUCAGUGCAAAGCCAACGGGCUCCGAACGGGUUCAUGCCAGCUGGAGUGUUGUUUACUGUAUCAAAUUACAGACCCAAAUGGGCUGUCGCAGUGCGGAGCCAAUAAUCUCCCCUUCCUGACCAGCUCCACCCUCCCAUUCUCAGAUGCUGCUGUUCUCUUUGCAAUAACGUGCUCCACGCAGUUCUCUUUCACUUGUUCUGAAGAUAAAACAAUUCUCUCGUCUGAGCUGUAAAAGAGGGGAAGCGCUGUAUACAACAAUAGAAUAGCUGCUGCUAAAGCCUCCUAGGGAAAAGGAAUCGUUGUUUGAGGGGAGAAAAGCCUCUGCUCAAAGCUAUGAAGAAAUUUAAGAAAGUGCUACUGAUUGUUCCUGUUUUUGUAUUGCUGUGCCUUUAUUUUUUACGUCGUUUAUGUUCCUUGCUGGCCUACUAUGCAAAGGAAGAUGCCUCCUUGGAUUUUGAUUACUCGGAACUAAUAAAAACUCCUGGCAUUAUGUUUGUGGAGACCACGGACAGCAUGGAACCCUCAGCACUUGCUGUUUGUUCAGUGGAGUCAGCCAGUCUGAGAAAUCCUGACAAACCUGUUUAUUACUUCCUGAAAGGAUUCAGUGGGAAUCUGUCACAUUAUCCACACGUGCAAUAUGAAGCUAUUCACGCACUUUCUUUAUUGAGAAAUGUUACUAUUUUCCCUCUGAGACCGAAAGCACUGUUUUGGCAGACCCCGCUGAGCAGCUGGUAUGAACAGGUAAACCCAUAUUGGGAAAAGUAUUGGACGCAUGUGCUUGCUGACGCUUGUCGUCUAGCCCUGCUGUGGAAGUAUGGGGGCAUCUACCUGGACACGGAUAUCAUCUCAUUAAAGUCCUUAGGAUUGCAGAACUUCCUCUGUGCUGAAGGAUAUCAGGCAGCCAAUAAUGCCGCACUUGGAUUUGAGAAGCGCCAUGAAUUUAUUUGGGAAUGCAUGCAGGAUUACGUCAGGAACUAUGAGGGACGUACUUGGGGUUACCAGGGGCCAGCUCUGAUGAGCAGGGUCUUGAAGCGUUGGUGCCAGUCUGAAGAUUUAAGCCAGUUUUUCAAUUUGCAGUGCAAAGGCAUUUCCUAUCUCUCUCCCAACUAUUUCUACCCAAUCUCCUACUCAAAUUGGGAAAGUUACUUCCAACACUGGAAGAGGUCCAGUAUCGAGCCUUUUUUCUCCCAAACGAUAGGAGUGCAUGUAUGGAAUUUUAAAAAUGUCGGGCAACAAAAGAAAGUUGUCGCAGGUAGUGGAACACUGAUGGAGUACUUCUUCACUCAGCAUUGCCCUGUAACCUACAAAUUGCUAGUAAAACGUGUCAGUUGAAGUCCAGUGCUCUCAGGAAUUUGGCUUUUGACUGACCAAUGAAAAUAUCUCUACCUCUCCCCUUCUUCCCACACUGCCUGUGACCCUACUAUCACAUGCAUGUUCUCCUCGCUCCUCCCUCCCUCACCUGCCCCUCAUCGCUCCCUUGCUCGCUCGCUCCCUCCCUCCCCUGCCCCUUCUCGCUCUCUUGUUCACUCCCUCCCUCCGCUGCCCCCCUCACUCCCUCCCUCGCUCCCCUGCCCCUCCUCGCUCCUCGCUCCCUCGCUCCUCGCUCCCUCGCUCCCCUGC